AGAGCGUUCUCGGCGCUGGGCUUUGCGGGCGGGUGCGGGCGCGCGCGGCUGCGGGGCGCUGUGGCGGGGGCCGGGCUGUACGCUAGCCGAGCCGGGGAUCCGGGCGGGGAGCAGCCACGGCGCCGCCGAGGCCAGGGGCCCGCGACGCUGCUCACAGCCUGGGCGCCGAGUAGCCGGGCCGGGCCGGAGCGCGGGCGGCGGUGGCGGCGGCGGUGGCGGAGCAGCUGCGCCCCCCGCCCUCCCAGGCCCGGCGCCCGGGCCGCUGGCGAUGGUGACACAUGCGGCGGCGGCGCGCCGGCGGCAGGACCAUGGUUGAGCGCGCCAGCAAGUUCGUGCUGGUGGUGGCAGGCUCGGCGUGCUUCAUGCUCAUCCUCUACCAGUACGCGGGCCCGGGGCUGAGUCUGGGCGCGCCCGGUGGCCGCGCGCCCCCCGACGACCUGGAUCUCUUCCCCACGCCGGACCCACAUUACGAGAAAAAGUACUACUUCCCGGUGCGCGAGCUGGAGCGCUCGCUGCGCUUCGACAUGAAGGGCGACGACGUGAUCGUCUUCCUGCACAUCCAGAAGACCGGCGGCACCACCUUCGGCCGCCACCUAGUGCAGAACGUGCGCCUCGAGGUGCCCUGCGACUGUCGCCCGGGCCAGAAAAAGUGCACCUGCUAUCGGCCCAAUCGCCGCGAGACCUGGCUCUUCUCUCGCUUCUCCACGGGCUGGAGCUGCGGGCUGCACGCUGACUGGACCGAACUCACCAACUGUGUGCCCGGUGUGCUAGACCGCCGAGACCCAGCAGGUCUGCGUUCGCCCAGAAAGUUCUACUACAUCACCCUGCUGCGAGACCCCGUAUCCCGCUACCUGAGUGAAUGGCGACACGUACAGCGUGGGGCCACGUGGAAGACCUCUUUGCACAUGUGUGACGGGCGCACACCAACCCCAGAGGAGCUGCCGCCCUGCUACGAGGGCACAGACUGGUCGGGCUGCACGUUGCAGGAGUUCAUGGAUUGCCCCUACAACCUGGCCAACAACCGGCAGGUGCGCAUGCUGGCUGACCUCAGCCUGGUGGGCUGCUACAACCUGUCCUUCAUCCCCGAGAGCAAGCGGGCCCAGCUGCUGCUGGAGAGCGCCAAGAAGAACCUGCGCGGCAUGGCCUUCUUCGGCCUCACUGAGUUCCAACGCAAGACGCAGUACCUAUUUGAGCGGACGUUCAACCUCAAGUUCAUCCGGCCCUUCAUGCAGUACAACAGCACGCGGGCGGGCGGUGUGGAGGUGGAUGAGGACACUAUCCGGCACAUCGAGGAGCUCAAUGACCUGGACAUGCAACUGUACGACUAUGCCAAGGACCUCUUUCAGCAGCGUUACCAGUACAAGAGACAGCUGGAGCGCAGGGAGCAGCGCCUGCGCAAUCGCGAAGAGCGCCUCCUGCAUCGCUCCAAGGAAGCGCUGCCACGGGAGGACACUGAAGAGCCAGGCCGCGUGCCCACCGAGGACUACAUGAGCCAUAUCAUUGAGAAGUGGUAGUGGUGUCAGGGGCAGAGAGUGUUGGGCAAGAUUUAACAGGGAAAGAAAUGGGGCCGACAGUUCUUCCUGUCUGGUGCAGCGGGUGCUAGUAGGAUGUCCUAGACCUUGAUGGGCAGGGUAGGACCUCUGGGGCAGAUGCGGCCCCACCCCCACCCCACCCCCCUGCUCUCCUGGCCCCUGUGUCACAGCUAAAACUGACAAAGAUUUGAAAAAGACUGGCGAGGGAACGUGUCUGCUCAGCUGAGACUCCCACACCUACUAUGCACGCACUGGCGCCCAAUGACCAGCCCCCUAGGAACCUGUUACUAGCUCCUAAUAGCUUGGUUGAAGCUCCUUGGCCUCUGGGGACCCCUAAUAACCCAGAAUCUUGGGGAGCCUUUUCCCUUGAGAAUAUAAGUAUAUCUCUGAGGCACUCCUCAGACCUGGAGUGCUCCCCAGCCCCCACCUAUCAAAGCUGCUUUCAAGGUCAGGGUCAGCCCCAGCUGUGGCAGAGAAGACUCAAGUCUGGCACCUGACCGCUGCACUCUCUGGGACAUGAUCAGAAUCCACAGUGUAUCCUGGCUUUGGGGGAACCAGGUUCAAGCAGGAAAGGGAUGGACACCAAGAGUUUCCACACACACACACACACACACACACACACACACACACACACAUCCCUCUGCCUCACCAAUUCCUAUGCUUUCUGAUGCACUGCCCCUCCCCCAUCACUGAAACAUUUCUACAAGGGCUUGUGUGCCAAUGUUCCUACCAUACCAGCAACUCUUUCAGUCCCGUGCAUAAAAGCUUCCUUUGGCUGGGAUACAGAGCCACAUCAACCUGAGUUGGUAAUGGAUGGCCAGGAUGGGGACUUUCCCAUUCUCAGCUAAGGUUGAAAGAAACAGCUCUGGGUGUCCUUUCUGAGGUCUGUCUGCAUAACCCUCCCCACCCUGGCUCUCUCCACAUCUUCCUACCCUUCACAAAGUCCAGCCAGCUAUUUCCAACAGCCCCAUGAGCCCGCCAGGGACCAGACUAGAAGCCAUGUUGCAUAUUUGGUUUUUUAAACAUUUGCCUACUGCCCUGUCCCUUAUGUUCUUUAAGAGGCCCUGGCAGGCCCUUAGUGGGGAACGUCAUGGCUUUUUCAGAGUCCAUAUGCAUGCAGCCAAGGGUUGUGAGCUGACCCUGAGACAGGACAAGGCCCAACCCCUGCUUCUGCCUCACUCAACACUCAGGCUAAAGAGGAGCAGGUCACCACAGACAAGAGUGGGGACCAUAUGUAGCACAGCAAUAUUCCAGAUGUUGGUGGGUGUUGCUGCUGCCCUAGAGCAGUGGCUUGACCUUCACAUGUUUGUGGUAUAAGGCCUACACUCGUACCAGGCACUUGACCGUGAGGGUCUACAGGUAAUAUGAGUUCUGACACAUACUGUCCAGCCCAGUCUAGGGCCACCUUUAUGGUGGUUGAUCACUCUGAGUAGAUGGAUAGCAAGGUGAGUUAGAGGGUCAAGGUCACUGAGGGGAAUUGGUUUAGAAGCCCAGUUAAGAGUGAAUAUAUAUCUGUGGGGAGCCUGAGGUGUUUGGGGGAACCCUGGGAUCUUUUACAGGUCAUGCUGGUUGCUGCUGCUUCUGUCAGGAAGUACCCCAGGUCCACGUACCGCUCCCCUUCACAACCUCCUUUGUACACAGCCUGAACAUAGGAUGUUCUCUACAUAUUGGAGUAUGUUUUAACAUAUGUCCCACCAUUCCUGACUCAAACGGAAGCACGGGUCUCUUCUCAAUCUUUGCUGCAUUUGAAAAAUAUUCCCUCCCAUCUCAGGCCAGCGCCAGGUUGAGGCAUCCUCAGUCCCUCAACUAUCCACCCCUGCCUAAGGCUCAGGCUACCGGCUUUGGGGCACAGCUUCCUGGUACUCACAGCAUCUCAGAACAGGGUGCUUCCCCACCCCUCCAGCUCCAAGGACUCUGCCUACAGGGCUGUCCCCUGGGGCUGAAAGGCCAUGCAAAUACAACAAGCUAAUAACCCAGUCCCGAGGCACCCUGAAGCCCUGCAGACACCCCCUCCUACAGUGGGAGGAAGGGACCACAGAACUGUCCAGCCAAUGCAUCUGAACUGGAACUGGUCCACUUGAACCCAGGAGCUUUAAAGCUUUAUUUAUUUAUAGCUUCUUAUUAAAAAAAAAAAGUGUUGAGGAGGAAUCUUUUGGUUAUUCAUACGGAAUUGAUCACAGAAAAGCAACUGGUUGUCUUCUAAUUGUCUUUGUCUAGAUGGAGACUGAACAUUAGUGGAAGAAUAAACCCUGAAAAGGUC